AUGGCGGUCGUUGAGAGUGUGGGAGCUGAAACAGAGGUUGGUGUGGUCACGCCGUCGCCGCCGUCUUCCGUCACCAGCCAAGAAUCAGGAGUCUCUUCCAACAGCGAUCACGGUGGAAAUGGUGAGAUCGGAUCCCACGUGGAGAGAUCCGAAGGUGAAGAGAGCUACAAGCGUGACAUGAGAGAGCUCCAGGAGCUUUUAUCCAAGCUUAACCCCAUGGCUGCAGAGUUUGUUCCUCCUUCACUUAAUAAGAAAGGGGUUAACGGGUUUAACGGUGGUUUCUUCACCGUCGCUGGCUCUUUCUUUCCCAACAAUGGCUUUGUUGCCGCCGGAAAUUUCCCCGUCGUCAACGAAGACGGCGGUUUUCGUCGGAGAAAGUCGUUCGGACAAGAAGGGAAACGGAGAAUGAAUCCUAGGACAAGUUUCGCUCAGCGUGAAGAGGUCAUUCGAAGAACUGUCUAUGUCUCUGAUAUUGACCAACAGGUCACUGAGGAGCAGCUUGCUGGUUUGUUUGUCGGCUUUGGACAGGUUGUUGAUUGUCGCAUCUGCGGUGACCCAAACUCAGUACUUCGUUUUGCUUUCAUCGAGUUCACUAAUGAAGUGGGUGCAAGAGCUGCUUUGACUCUGUCUGGGACGAUGCUUGGAUUCUAUCCUGUCAAGGUUAUGCCGUCCAAAACCGCUAUCGCACCGGUUAACCCAACAUUCUUGCCAAGGUCUGAAGAUGAGCGUGAGAUGUGUGCGAGAACUAUCUACUGCACUAACAUUGACAAGAAGGUCACUCAACAGGAGAUAAAACUGUUUUUUGAGUCUGUCUGUGGAGAGGUGUACCGUCUGAGGCUGCUCGGAGAUUAUCAUCAUCCAACCAGAAUCGGUUUCGUUGAGUUUGUCAUGGCUGAAAGUGCAAUAGCGGCUCUCAACUGCAGUGGAGUCCUUCUUGGUACUACACCGAUAAGGGUGAGUCCGUCGAAAACCCCGGUUCGUUCCCGUCCUGUCCCGAGAAAUCCAAUGCAUUGA